AUGCUGCCCUAUGAGGACCAAAUGAUGUCGUAUCCUGGCGCUCAGGGAGGAGGCGGGGCUAACAGCUUGUACUACCAAUCAGAUGGCUGGAGGGGGAGGGGCUUGGACCAGGCUCUGCAGCGAUUGGUGGAGAGAGACCAGAGGAGGGAGCAGGAGGAGGAGCAAAGAGGAGCAUACCUGGCCGCUUUGCUCCGCCUCCUGAGCGAGGCAGAGAGUGCCGGGUUGGUCGGUCCGGGCGAUGUGGAGGUGGUCGAGGAGGAGGACGAGGAGGAGGAUCAGGGGUCCCCGGGGGACUUCCGGGACCCGGCCCCCCCAGACUACGAUGAGACGGGGCGGGCGAUGAGCAUGGGGAGGCCCCCGGCCGCCUGGUGGGGCCUGGUGGAGCCCCAGCUGGCUGAGGCCCUGCUCAACAGGAUGGAGCCUCAGCUGGCGCAGACUCUGCUGGAGAGAGCGAGACAGGACAGACUUCAGGACACAGGACGAGUCUCUCCAGGGCUGAGAGACCAGGAGACACUGAGGCAACUGGUUGCUAGGAUACUGUCCAGCAUGGACGGCCCCAUGGUGAUGUCAUCCGGCCGCAGAGCGAGGAGGGACCUGUCAAUCAAAGCGUCCGAACCGGCCCAAAGGAGGAGGAGACGCCGUUCCCUUGACGACGUGCCCCCUCCGUCGCCUAGCAACGACCCACCCCUCCUCAGGGUGAAGAGGCUGGAGGAUCCUGAGGAGGAAGAGGAGGAGGAGGAGCAAGAGGAGAGACUCCGCCCCCAAACUACCGGGCUGCAGAGGAUGAAACGCGUCGACGUCGUGGCGACCAGCGACAUGGAAGAACUGAAUCAUGGGAGUCGUAGGCGCCGUAGGAGAGCCCUGAACUACGACCCCCAAAUAUUGAUCGAUCAGAUUCUGGAGUACAUGAGGGAGUGAGAGGAGGAGGGAGAGGAGGAAGAAAAUGAGGGGGAGGGGCUUAGUUGUCUCUCAGGUUUUUAGUUUUUGUAUCAUGUUUUUGUUUUUGCAGCUUUUGUGACCUGAUCAGUCGCUUGAUGUAAAAAAAAGAAAUGAAGGAGUGAUGAAGGAGUGAUGAAGGAGUGGAGGAGUGAUAAAGUGAAGAAGGAGUGAGCUCCUGUUUAAAACACUACAUUUCCCAUGAGCCUCAGCGGGCGUUUCACAUUUUGCUUCUGUACGCAGCGAUCACAUUGUCCAAGGUUUUCCACUAAAACCAGCUUCCCUCCAUCAGAUGAUGGGAAGAGACGGUUACCACGGAGACGGCUCAUCACCUCUGUGAUUGGUUGGUUCUCGCUGUGUUUUCUUGUGCUUCAGCUCUGUGAUGAUUGUGUGUCUGUGGUGAAAUUUAUUUAUGUCACACUCAGAAAUAAAGUCGGUAAAGUCAA